AUGCAACAAGGCAAAAACUUUGACGUGUUAACCUGCGCCUCGUGUAAGGCCUUCUUUCGUAGGACUGCCCCCAAAAAUAAGUGCAAAAUCAAUGUCAAGACCAGAACUUUCUGUAUUAAGUGUCGGCUCAAGAAGUGCUACGAAAAGGGAAUGAAAAAAGAUUAUAUACUGAGUCGCGAAGUGAAGGAAAUGAGAAAAAUCAAGUGUUUGAACAGCGACUGGUCUCAUACUACCGGUGCCGUCGAUGAUAGCAACUACCAGUAUUACUACGCCAGCGAUCACUCGUCCACCGAUAACACCGGCGACUGGACUCCGACUACUGACAAGAAUCUAGAAAAUUAUGAUCCCUUUCCCCAAACGGUGUACACUAUGCCGGACCCGAAUACCGGGCCCCUGGAUCUAGUCGUCAAACACGUGACCAGUGCCGAUGUCCCGGAUACUAAUGGCGGCCAUUAUAAGGUAGAUGUGCUGAAAGUGGAGAUUGUGAAACCAAAGGACCAGUAUUCAGCUACCGGUGCCGAUGAUGGACAGGUAGCCGCCAGUGACGGUGACUUAAGUGCCGCCCCCACCUCAUACCACGGGCAUGGAGGUGGCAGUGAUAGUAGCCAUAGGGGUGGCUAUAACGCUAAAAAGUACGAUGGUGGUUAUAAGCAUGGUCACGAUGAGUGGGAUAAGGGUCACCACAAAAAGCACGGCGAGGAGUGGGGUAAAUACGGUCACCAGAAACAUGGCCACGCUGAUAAGUGGGCUGAUAAGCAUCAUAACAAUCACGGCCUACAUAAGCAUGGUGACAAGUGGUCGGAUGCCCAUGGUGCCAAAAAGGGGAACUCGUUCUCACAGUGGGCUGACAACCAGAAGUGGCAUAAGGAUAAGGGACACGGAUUAGUGAAAACAUGGGACUGGGAUAAGUCGGACGGGCAUAAGGACGCCUACGGCAAAAAGGGUCACCACAACGACCACUACUAUAAACAGAGCCACGGCCAUAAGGACGGCAUUAAGAAAUGGCAGGACAGUAGUGCCAAUAAGCAUGGUCAGAAACACGCCGAUGAGAAAAAGGACUGGAAAGACUACGGCAAAACGCAUGGUGAUUCGGGUGAUAAGCAGCAUGGCACACUAUUGCGAGUGAAAGAAAGCGACUAUAAAAGGCAUUUUUUCGACCAAAACCCCGACUAUUACUGCGAUUCGUUCGGUCAAUGGGGGGCUCUUAUGGAGGACCACCAGUGCCGGGCGUGCGGGGGCUCAUGGGAUCACAAUUGGAGGGCCGAUGAUAAGGAAGUACCUAGCACACAGCAACCGGGUGGUCAAAAAGAGUCAAUUACCAACUUAAGGUGCCCGGUGAAUUACGUGGAGAACCCGGGUGGUUCCGAUAUGAUGACCACCGAGCGGGGCAAAUAUGUUUUCAACAAAUACUACGGACCGGACGUGUGCCAGAUAUGG